AUAACCGGAAGAACAAAGACCAGUUGUUCUAGCUUUUCUUUUCUCUUCCUUACUCUCUCUCUCUCUUCGUUUACUCUCUCUCUAGACUUUCAUCUUCCUCAAAUCCACCAUCAUUCGUCCUCAUACUCAUCACCACCAUUAUCGCAAUCGUAUAUUCAAACUUCUGUAAUCAUAAAAUCAGCAAUUCGAAAAACACGAAACGAAACCCUAAUUGACUGAUCUUUUAGUGUAGUGUUUUUGGUUACAUGGGGGCGAAGUUUGGCUUUUACGCAUGCUGAAGGGGCGUAUACGUUGAAAGUAUGUUAGAGGCUCCAAAGUUUACAGGCAUGAUGGGCCUAAACGAUGGUCACGAUAAAAUCGUUGAUCUGUCACAAGGGUUCUACCAUAAGCUCGGUGAAGGGUCAAACAUGUCAAUCGACAGUUUCAACAGUUUACAAAUGAGCAACGGUGGCGGGUCAGUAGCAAUGUCUCUUGAUAACAGUAGUGUGGGGUCCAACGAAUCCCACACUCGCAUAUUAAACCACCAGGGGUUAAAACGUAACAAGAAUUACACCGAUGCUCAUAGUGUUAACAGAGGUCGCGUCUCGCAAGGGUUAAGCGACGAUGCUUUGGCUCGCGCGUUAUUAGACCCGCGUUUUCCAACUGGCGGGUUAGAGAAUUAUAUCGAAUGGACUAUUGAUUUACGGAAACUCAGCAUGGGGCCCGCUUUUGCACAAGGGGCGUUUGGAAAGCUGUAUAAGGGUACUUACAAUGGUGUGGAUGUCGCUAUCAAGCUUUUGGAAAAACCCGAAAACGAUUUGGAACGGGCCCAGCUUAUGGAACAACAGUUUCAGCAGGAGGUUAUGAUGCUUGCGAGAUUAAAGCACCCGAAUAUUGUACGGUUCAUUGGCGCGUGUAGGAAACCGAUGGUUUGGUGUAUUGUGACGGAAUAUGCGAAGGGCGGUUCCGUUAGGCAGUUUUUGACGAAACGACAAAACCGAUCUGUGCCGUUGAAGUUAGCGGUGAAACAGGCGUUGGAUGUUGCAAGAGGGAUGGAAUAUGUACAUGCACUCGGGUUGAUUCAUAGAGAUUUGAAAUCGGAUAAUCUUUUAAUUUCGGCUGAUAAGUCGAUCAAAAUUGCUGACUUUGGAGUUGCGAGAAUUGAAGUGCAGACCGAAGGAAUGACGCCAGAGACCGGGACUUACCGUUGGAUGGCUCCGGAGAUGAUCCAGCAUAGGUCUUACACGCAAAAAGUGGACGUAUACAGCUUUGGGAUAGUUCUCUGGGAACUAAUAACCGGGAUGCUUCCGUUUCAAAACAUGACAGCCGUACAGGCGGCAUUCGCGGUGGUCAACAAAGGUGUCCGCCCCACCAUCCCGUACGACUGUCUUCCGGUACUUGGUGAAAUUAUGGUCCGUUGCUGGGACAUAAAUCCGGAUGUGAGGCCGCCGUUCACAGAGGUGGUUAGAAUGCUGGAACAUGCGGAAACCGAAAUUAUGACAACGGUUCGAAAGGCUCGGUUUAGGUGCUGCAUGAGUCAACCCAUGACUACUGAUUGAUGAUGAUGUGUGAAGGAUGGAUAUAAGAAAAAGAAAAAAAAAAUGUUAAAGAAAAUGAACAGGUGAAAAAAAGGUGAUUUUGUAUGGCAUCUGUAUGUAUCUAUUAUCAGGGUAAUUUCUUUCUUCAGAUAGGGUGAACAAAGGAAGAAAAUUAUGAUAUGAACUACUUGCUUUAUGGAUUUUUUUUUUUUUGGGGUAUUUUGUUGAAUGUUGAUGGAUUAUGGUUUUGAAUUAGUACUAAUGGAGGAGAUUUGUGUUGUAUGUA